GUGUCAUAGCAACCACUCCAAACAUUGCAGAAGCGGAGGCCUGAGCACAGUGAGCAGUGCUAAUGAAGCGCGAUCAUGUCAACACCGCGGGAACAAGAGGCAGCAAAAUACCUCGAAAAUCACAAAAUCUUAGAACUAAUGAACAACUUAACUAGCAUGCUCUUAUUUUACAGACCAGAACAUCCAAGGGAAUACCUGAUUUCCCAACUUGAGCAAAUGCAAGUAUCCAAAUUUCAGGCAGCUGCUAGUCCAUGUUUGUUUUCUGAUUCCAACCUGGAUGCAGUGUGUGGUAUCCUAGAUCCUACAAACCAAGGGUACAUCUCUUACAACCAAUAUAGAGAGGCACUGAAAACACUUGGUAUCCAGCAUUUCAAUGAAUGGCCUGAGGGUCCCGGAAAUGACAGGAUAUCACACGAGACAUUCAAACGAGAAGCGAAGGAGUGCCUUCUGAAAAAUGCAGCCACAUUCCAGAUGUAAUUAUUUAACCAUUAUUACUGUCUAAUUAUUUUCUAAGCCUAAUAAAUGUGGUGUGUUUAAUGCUG